CAGGUGUCCUCAUAACUCUGUUUUACGAUGCACUUGAGGAUUUACGAUCACUCUCAGAUCACUCAGAUCUACGACGAUUUUCAAGUUAUGAUGAAGUUACGAUGCUUUUGGGAAACACGCGUCUAAGAUGAUGUGUAAAGAGUGUUCCAAAUGUACACAGCGAAUGUGUAAGAACAAAUGUAAAGAUGUAAUUUGUCAUAUUAGUGUGUAAAGUGAAUGAGGUGCAUUAGCUGUAUAUACGUUCAUCAGAGCGUCAGUGAUGACGUCAUGAGGGUGGAGAGUCAAACAGAGUGAAGAGUGAAGAAGACACACUGAGUGAAAUCUUCACCUGUAAUCCCCGAGGUGAGUUCGGCUCAUAAUUCUCUUGCGGUGCGUGUUGACUAUCUCUUCUAUUCUCUCUGGGUCUGCUUCUUCACCUUUACACGGUGACAUGGACAAACUCAUUCAUCUGAUUUUACUUUCUUGUCUUGUUUGUAUUCCAGCUAGUUCAGGAGAGAAUUUGGCAUUGAAAGGAACAGUUACACAGUCAUCCACAUAUCUCACCCAUGGAGCUCAAUAUGCCAUAGAUGGUGAAAGAUACAGAGAUGAAUUCUGCUCUACUACAGCCAAAGAAAAUAACCCAUGGUGGAAGUUGGAUCUCUUGAAUGUUUAUAAUAUUAGUCGAGUGAUCAUCACGGCUCAUGGCAGCUCUUUGGAAGAAACCAGUGGAGCAGCAGAGAUUCGGAUUGGAAACUCACUGAUCAAAAAUCCCACAUGUGCUGUGAUCGCCGAUCCUCUACCUGGUAAUACUGUCAGUUACUCAUGUCAUGGGAUGGAGGGACGUUAUGUGAAUGUGCUCAGAUCUGGACCACCAUCUCAUCUCAGUCUGUGUGAGGUGGAGGUCUAUGAAACAGACAAUUUAGCAUCCAAAGGAACAGUUACACAGUCAUCAACAUAUCUCACCCGUGUAGCUCAACAUGCUGUAGAUGGUGUAAGAGACGGCCAAGACAUUGGUACAUACUGCUCUACCACAUCACUUGAGAGUGACCCAUGGUGGAGGUUGGAUCUCUUGGAUGUUUAUGAGAUCAAUACAGUGAUCAUCAGUGCUAGACCAGACUGCUGAGUGGUUCAAACCAAAGGAGCAGAGAUUCAGAUUGGAAACUCUCUGGAAAACAAUGGAAACAACAACCCCAUAUGUGCCGUAACUUCCGGUCUUCUACUCGGUCACACCAUCAGUUACUCAUGUGGUGUAAUGGAGGGACGUUAUGUGAAUUUGUUCAUACCUGGAAGUAUAGUUCUCUCUCUGUGUGAGGUAGAGGUCUAUGGAAAAUUUUUAGGUCAAAGAACAAAAACCUUUCUGAGGCUGAAAUUUUCCUCCAGUGGUGAUGUAGCUGCCGAGAGCGACGACAUCCUCCAUCAGGUCAAAAAUCCCCAAAUAAAAGUGAUUAUUUACGAGAGAAGUGAUAUAUGACACGAGUGAUGGUGAGAGAAUGAGAAAUGAGAGUAUGUUUUGUGUGUGUAUUGACAUAUUUGAUGAAUUUUAGCUGCAGUCUGCUCUGGCAUCACACAUCUCUGAUUUGAAAGUGUCCUGGACACAACACCCCAAGAAAGAGGAAGAGAAAGAGGAGGAAGACACACGUAAGUAUCCUACAGUCAUGUGUUGUCAGGACAGGCCCCGCCCACAUCUGGACUCCAACAACAUGACCUUAUCAUAUUAUAUCAAUAUAAAAAUUCCUCAAUGGAGAGUAAACGUCAAAAUAAUCACAUGUGAAACAACCG